GGUGAACUUCGCCUGUAAGAACCAAUUGUCGGCGGAACCAAUGGUCGAGCCGGAAAAGAAGAAAGAGUCACAGGGCAAGAGGCUGGAGAUAUGCGCGAAUUGACGGAACCCGAGGCAGCCAAAGCACCAGUAGCAGCGGCGGCUGCAGCAGAAGCAGCAGCCCUACGACGGAAGCGGCGGGCGGCGUACCGGAAGGCCGAGAGGCUGCACCUGUAGAAGGCGGAGAAGGAGCUCCUGUAGCAGAAGGAGAAGAAGCACCAACCGUCGAGGGGGACGGAGCAGCAGUUCCACAAGCAACCGCCGAUACUGCAGUAGCGGCCGAUGGAGCUGGACGGCGACAAGGAGGCCCCCGCCGAGGAUGAGAAGAUGGCAAAGCCGCCCGCGCGGAUCAAGAUGGUGAAGGUGCCGCCGAUCUGGGAGCCCAACAACCGUCGCACCCACGCCGCCCUUGUCUACGUCUUCUUCCGCGGUCAAACAAGUGGCUUCCUACCGCCGGAUACCAAACCGAAGCAGCCACACAUUGGCUACUUUUCCAACACGGACUCCGACGUUAUAGAGCUGAUCAACGCACAAAUACGUGUUCCAGCCGAGCAGCUGCAGUCGUAUAUGAUGCUAUCGCUGGUGUACUACGAACACAGUUACGUCAGUUCCAACCUUAUUGUCGGCAAGGACGAGGCCCUCAAGUUCUUCCUCGAAGACUACAAGCAGCAGGAGAAGGAAGUCGUGGUCGAGCCGGAAAAGAAGAAGGAAAAGGGAGGCAAAACUGUCAACAUCAUGUUUGGCUCGGAUGUGCCCAAGCUCAUGAACCUGGUAACCAAAGAGCUUGAAAAGAUGCUGCAGCCGAUCGAGGUUGAGCAGCAGCGCUUCAAGAUGGAGGCCAUCGACAGUGCAGAGGGCGCGGAGCGUGAGAUCAGGCACAAGAAGCAGGUUGACUACCUAACCAUAGUAACGGACAUGGGUGUGACGGUGUUUGGGCCGCAGGUUAAUCGCAACAUGUUCAAGAAGCUCACCGUGCCGGCCGAGGCCAUUAAGAUGCAGUGCAAGGAACACAAGGUUUUAAGAAGUCCAGCGAUCAGUUCGAGGUGGUGAACUUCGCCUGCAAGAACCAAUUUUCGGCGGAACCAAUGGUCGAGCCGGAAAAGAAGAAAAAGUCACAGGGCAAGAGGCUGGAGAUAUGCGCGAAUUGACGGAACCCGAGGCAGCCAAAGCACCAGUAGCAGCGGCGGCUGCAGCAGAAGCAGCAGCCCUACGACGGAAGCGGCGGGCGGCGUACCGGAAGGCCGAGAGGCUGCACCUGUAGAAGGCGGAGAAGGAGCUCCUGUAGCAGAAGGAGAAGAAGCACCAACCGUCGAGGGGGACGGAGCAGCAGUUCCACAAGCAACCGCCGAUACUGCAGUAGCGGCCGAUGGAGCUGGAUGGCGACAAGGAGGCCCCCGCCGAGGAUGAGAAGAUGGCAAAGCCGCCCGCGCGGAUCAAGAUGGUGAAGGUGCCGCCGAUCUGGGAGCCCAACAACCGUCGCACCCACGCCGCCCUUGUCUACGUCUUCUUCCGCGGUCAAACAAGUGGCUUCCUACCGCCGGAUACCAAACCGAAGCAGCCACACAUUGGCUACUUUUCCAACACGGACUCCGACGCUAUAGAGCUGAUCAACGCACAAAUACGUGUUCCAGCCUAGCAGCUGCAGUCGUAUAUGAUGCUAUCGCUGGUGUACUACGAACACAGUUACGUCAGUUCCAACCUUAUUGUCGGCAAGGACAAGGCCCUCAAGUUCUUCCUCGAAGACUACAAGCAGCAGGAGAAGGAAGUCGUGGUCGAGCCGGAAAAGAAGAAGGAAAAGGGAAGCAAAACUGUCAACAUCAUGUUUGGCUCGGAUGUGCCCAAGCUCAUGAACCUGGUAACCAAAGA